AUGCUUGGUGCUGUAUUCGUCCUUCUCCCUCUGGUUGCUGCCCACACCGGCUGCGGUGGCCAGCACAUUGGCCGACGCAACACUGGUGGCCCCGCCAUCCGGUCACUUGAGCACCGCCAGGUGGCCAGCUCAAACGAAGACCCUGCGGCCCAAUGCGCACCUUACAACUACCAGCCGGCGACCGACUUGAACUCUCAGUUCCCCACCAUUUGGGGCACAGCAGACCUUGUAUCAGGCGACACGGAAGCAGCCGCACUGUUUGCCCAGAUCAAUGCGACAGUGAACGAGCGGCUGCCUGGGGUUGUGCCUAACGGCGACGGUUCCCACAGCGGAAGCUGGGGCAGCAGCUUCUCCUAUCCCUCCAGCGAUCCGAACUGCUGGUGGACAUCCACCACAUGCACCACUCCCAAUUCGUCCACAGGCAUUGCUGCCGAUCUUACAACUAUGCCCGAGCCUGAAACGUGGGGAUUCGGCUUUGACGAUGGACCCAACUGCUCGCACAAUGCCCUGUACAACUUCCUCCAGGAGAACGACCAGAAGGCCACAAUGUUCUACAUCGGCUCCAACGUUAUGGACUGGCCGAUCGAAGCCAUGCGUGGCGCCACAGACGGGCACCACAUCUGUGUGCACACCUGGUCCCACCAGUACAUGACCUCGUUUAGCAACCAACAGGCGUUUGCCGAGCUCUACUACACGCAGCGCGCCAUCAAGGACAUUGUCGGAGUCACGCCAAAGUGCUGGCGCCCCCCUUACGGAGAUGUUGAUAACCGCAUUCGUCUUAUCGCCUCCCUCCUGAACAUGACCACCAUUGUUUGGGACCAUGACACCAAUGAUUGGGAGGAGGGAACCAACGGCGUCACUGUCGACACGAUCAAUGCCAACUACCAGACUAUCAUCGACAAGGCCAAGAACGGUACCUUUUCCACCUAUGGCCCUAUCGUCCUCAACCACGAAAUCGACAAUUUCACAAUGCAGGAGAUGAUGGACCAGUACGCCAAUAUCAAGGCAGCGUUCAAGUACAUUGUCCCCAUUGCCACGGGCUACAACAUUACACACCCUUACAUGGAGGCCAACAUCACCUACCCGGACUUCAACGAGUACAUUGCUGGUGAUCGCAACGUGACGACCACAAGCGCCAGUCCCUCAGCCAGCACUGUCGCUCCCAAAGCCGCCGCAGCGUCCAACACCUCCCACGCCUCAAACUCGUCCAGUUCCUCCGCAGCUGCGGCCAGUGUGACCGCAAACAAGAGUGCGGCGUCUGCUGUUCUCGGCGUCUCCUUGCCCGCUAUCCUCUUUGGCGCCGCGGUUGCCUGCAUUCUUUAG